AUGGCGCUUCCCCGCCGGCUCCCGCGCCGCGGCCCGCCAGGCCCGCCGUCGGCCCCGCGGGCCCAGUUCUCGCGCCGCCCCGAGCGCCGCCCGCUCCUCCGCCGUCCCGUCCGCGUCGCCCGGCCGCCGCUCGCCGCCACCUCGCCGACCACCGCCACCCCCCCGCCUCGUCCAGCGCCGGCCGGCCCCGCCGCCGCCGACGGCCGGCUCCGCCCGUGCCGCCUCCACCGGAUCCGGGGAGCUCCGCCCUCCCCGUCCCUCCUCGCCGGCGCCCCGCCCCCUCCCUCCGGCGGCCUCCUCCCGCAGCUGCGGCGAGAGCAGCUCCGGCCCCGCCUCGGAAACCGCGCCAGAUCUGGAUCCAGCGAACCCUAG